AAGCACUGGAGCCAUCUCCAGACCGUUCAUCUCCUUUGCUUAUUGAGGCUCCCUGAGGGCACACCUAUUCACAGUGACCACACCACUCUUGACUCUUCCAUGUGGCUUAUAUCUUAAUCAAGUUUGCGAACUCUCCCCGCCCUGAUCUUUGGGUCCUGGAACGAUCCGUAGACUUUGGAAACACCUACUCGCCCUGGCAGUAUUUUGCUCAUUCUAGAGGAGAUUGUCUACAACAGUUUGGGCAAGAAGCAAAUAUGGCUGUCACCCGGGAUGACCAGGUGCUAUGCGUCACAGAGUAUUCUAGAAUCGUACCUCUGGAAAAUGGCGAGAUUGUUGUAUCCUUGAUAAAUGGUCGUCCAGGUGCAAAACAUUUUGCUUUCUCUGACACCCUGAGGGAGUUUACGAAGGCAACAAACAUCCGCUUGCGGUUUCUGCGAACCAACACCCUCCUCGGGCAUCUUAUAUCCAAGGCAGAGCGAGACCCCACCGUCACGCGUCGGUAUUACUACAGCAUAAAGGACAUCAGUGUCGGUGGGCGGUGUGUUUGCAACGGCCAUGCGGAGGCCUGCAGCGCUGACAACCCUGAAAAGCAGUUCCGAUGCAAAUGCCAGCACCAUACCUGUGGGGACACGUGUAAUCGCUGCUGUGCAGGCUACAAUCAGAGGCCCUGGCGGCCCGCUGCUCAGGACCAGCACAAUGAGUGUGAAGCCUGCAACUGCCAUGGGCACGCCGUGGACUGUUACUAUGACGAGGCUGUGUCGCGUCAGCAGGCGAGCUUAAACAGCAAAGGUGUCUACACAGGCGGAGGGGUCUGCAUUGACUGCCAGCACAACACUGCGGGUGUGAACUGUGAAAAGUGUGCGAAGGGUUACUUCCGGCCCCAUGGAGUUCCGGUGGAAGCACUGCACGGAUGCAUCCCUUGCAGCUGUGACCCUGACCGUGCAGAUGAAUGUGACCAGGGCUCAGGCCGCUGUCAUUGUAAGCCAAACUUCUCUGGAGACUUCUGCGAGACGUGUGCAGACGGAUACUAUAAUUUCCCAUUUUGCCUGAGAAUUCCAGUCUUUCCUGACUACACUCUGAAUCCAGAAGAUCCCAUGGCUGGCAAUAUAAAAGGGUGUGACUGUAACUUGGAAGGUGUUCUCCCCGAGAUAUGUGACGAUCGUGGCAGGUGCCUGUGCCGUCCUGGGGUUGAGGGUCCCCGGUGUGACUCCUGCCGUUCGGGGUCCUAUUCAUUCCCAAUAUGCCAAGCUUGCCAGUGUUCAACUAGUGGAUCCUAUCCAGUGCCCUGUGACCCAGAGACUGGCCAGUGUGAAUGCCUGCCUGGAGUAACGGGGAGGCGGUGUGACAGAUGUCUCUCAGGAGCCUACGAUUUUCCCUACUGCCAAGGGUCCAGCAGUGUUUGCGAUCCAGCUGGGACCAUGGACUCCAGCUUGGGUUACUGCCAGUGCAAGCUUCAUGUUACAAGCCCUACAUGUAGUGUCUGCAAACCACUAUAUUGGGAUCUGGCCAAAGAAAACCCCCGUGGAUGCUCAGAGUGCCAAUGCCAUGAGGCAGGGACAGUGAGCGGGAUUGGAGAGUGUGGACAGGAAGAUGGUGACUGCAGCUGCAAAGCUCAUGUAACUGGUGAUGCUUGUGACACCUGCGCAGAUGGAUAUUUCUCCUUGGAGAAGAGCAAUUACUUUGGCUGUCAAGGGUGUCAGUGUGACAUUGGCGGAGCGCUCACUACCAUGUGUAGUGGGCCCUCGGGAGAAUGCCAGUGCAGAGAGCACAUUGAGGGGAAACAGUGCCAGAGGCCUGAAAGUAACUGCUACUUCCCGGACUUGCACCACAUGAAGUAUGAGGUUGAAGGUGGCACUGGACCUAACGGAAGAGACCUACGGUUUGGAUUUGAUCCCCUGGAAUUCCCUGAGUUUAGCUGGAGAGGAUAUGUCCCAAUGACCUCUGUGCAGAAUGAAGUAAAGGUAAGACUGACCGUGAGGAAGUCAAGCCUCUCCUUAUUCCGGAUUAUUCUGAGGUACAUCAAUCCUGGAAUGGAAGAAGUAUCCGGCCGUAUCACUGUUUACUCAUCCAGGGGGAAGUCAGAUGCCUCUCAAAGCAAAGAGAUCACCUUUCCCCCGAGUAAAGAGCCAGCCUUCGUCACGGUCCCGGGAAAUGGCUUUGCAGAUCCAUUCUCCAUCACACCAGGAACAUGGAUUGCUUGUAUCCAGGUGGAAGGAGUCCUUCUGGAUUACCUGGUGCUGCUUCCCAGGGACUACUAUGAAGCAUUCGCCCUGCAAGUGCCAGUCACAGAGCCGUGUGCCCACACAGGAUCUCCCCAGGACAAUUGUUUGCUUUACCAGCAUUUACCACUGACCCGAUUCUCCUGUACCCUGGCUUGUGAGGCCACACACUUCCUGAUUGAUGGAGAGCGGAGACCCUUGGCAGUGAGGCAGCCCAUGCCCACACACCCAGCCAUGGUGGACCUCAGUGGGACAGAGGUGGAAUUGCACCUACGUCUGCGGGUCCCACAGAUUGGCCACUAUGUGGUCAUGUUGGAGUAUGCCACGGAGGUGGACCAGCUUUUUGUGGUGGACGUGAAUCUGAAGAGCCCAGAGUCUGCCUUGGCAGGCCAGGUGAACAUAUACAGCUGCAAGUACAGCAUUCUGUGCAGGAGUGUGGUGAUUGACAGCCUGAGUCGUACAGCUGUGUAUGAGCUGUUGGCAGAUGCAGACGUUCAGCUCAAGGUGCACGCGGCCCGUUUCCUUCUGCAUCACAUCUGCGUCAUACCCGCUGAAGAAUUCUCAACUGAAUAUUUGAGACCUCAAGUCCACUGCAUUGCCAGCUAUGGGCAGAGUGCCAAUCCAAGUGCUUCCUGUGUCUCUGUGACCCAUGAAACUCCUCCAACAGCCCUAAUUUUGGAUGCUACGAGUGGGGGCCAUUUCUCUCCCCUGCCUCAUGAGCCUUCCUCUCCUGCAGAUGUUACUAAUGGAGUUACUCUGAAGGCACCACAGAAUCAAGUAACCCUGAGAGGACUCAUACCACACCUGGGCCGACACGUCUUUGUCGUCCAUUUUUAUCAAGCCGAGCACCCGGGGUUUCCCACUGAGGUGGUUGUGGAUGGAGGAAGACGGUGGUCAGGUUCCUUCCGUGCCUCCUUUUGUCCCCACUUACUUGGCUGCCAGGACCAAGUGAUCUCUGAGGGCCAGGUGGAGUUUGACAUCUCAGAAGCAGAUGUAGCUGUGACUGUGAAGAUUCCAGAUGGAAAGUCCUUGACAUUGGUCCGGGUUCUGGUGGUACCUGCAGAGGAUUACGACUACCACAUACUUCACAGAACAUCAGUGGACAAGUCCUCCGAGUUCAUCAGCAGUUGUGGAGGGGACAGUUUUUAUAUUGAUCCCCAGGCAGCCUCUGGAUUCUGUAAGAAUUCUGCAAGGUCCUUGGUAGCCUUUUACCACAAUGGUGCUGUACCCUGUGAGUGCCACCCUGCCGGGGCUGCCGUCCACCACUGUAGUCCUGAGGGUGGGCAGUGCCCCUGCCGGCCCAACGUCAUCGGAAGGCAGUGCACACGCUGUGCAACAGGCUACUAUGGAUUCCCACACUGCAAGCCUUGUAAUUGUGGCAGACGCCUUUGCGAGGAGGUGACAGGGAAGUGUCUCUGCCCACCCAACACAGUCAGGCCCCAGUGUGAGGUCUGCGAGAUGAAUUCCUUCAACUUCCACCCUGUGGCUGGCUGUGAAGUCUGCAACUGCUCCAGGAAGGGCACCGUUGAGGCAGCCGUCUCUGAGUGUGACAGGGACAGCGGGCAGUGCAGGUGCAAGCCUAGAGUCACGGGGCAGCAGUGUGACAAGUGUGCUCCUGGCUUCUACCACUUCCCUGAGUGUGUCCCCUGCAGCUGUAACAGAGAUGGGACUGAGCCCGGAGUAUGCGACCCAGGGACUGGGGCUUGCAUGUGCAAGGAAAAUGUGGAGGGCCCCCAGUGUCAAUUUUGUCGAGAAGGAUCAUUCUACCUGGACUCCGCCAACCCAGAGGGUUGUACCAGGUGCUUCUGUUUCGGAGUGAAUACUGACUGUCGGAGUUCACACAAGCGAAGAGCCAAGUUUGUAGACAUGAUGGGCUGGCGUCUGGAGACAGCAGAUGGAGUUGAUGUCCCCGUGUCCUUCAACCCCAGCAGCAACAGCGUGGUUGCUGAUCUGCAGGAACUGCCGUCCUCAGUCCACAGUGCAUCCUGGGUGGCACCUCCAUCCUACCUAGGUGAUAAGGUGUCCUCCUAUGGCGGCUACCUCACCUACCAAGCCAAGUCCUUUGGCUUACCUGGAGACAUGGUUCUUCUGGAAAAGCAGCCGGACGUGCAGCUCAUUGGGCAACACAUGUCCAUCAUCCAUGCGGAGCCCAGCGACCCACGGCCAGACAGGCCACAUCACGGAAGAGUGCAAGUGGUUGAGGGAAACUUCAGGCACGCAGGCAACAGUGCCCCAGUGUCCCGGGAAGAGCUGAUGGCUGUGCUGUCCAGCCUGGAAGGCCUCCACAUCCGGGGCCUCCACUUCACGGAGACACAGCGGCUCACCCUGGGUGAGGUAGGGCUGGAGGAGGCCUCUGACACGGGAAGCGGCCCCAGGGCCCAUCUUGUGGAGAUGUGUACCUGUCCCCCUGACUACACCGGUGACUCAUGUCAGGGCUGUCGCCCAGGAUACUAUCGAGACAUCAAAAGCUUCCCUGCGGGAAGGUGUGUUCCCUGCAAUUGCAACGGACAUUCAAAUAGAUGCCAAGACGGCUCGGGAGUGUGCAUUAACUGUCAGCACAACACAGCUGGGGAGCACUGUGAGCGUUGCCAAGAGGGUUACUAUGGAAGCGCCAUCCAUGGAUCCUGCAGGGUUUGCCCCUGUCCUCACACCAACAGCUUUGCCACUGGCUGUGCUGUGGAUGGAGGAGCUGUGAGGUGUGCCUGCAAACCCGGAUACACAGGAGCACAGUGUGAGAGGUGUGCACCAGGAUAUUUUGGGAACCCCCAGAAAUUUGGAGGUAGCUGCCAACCAUGCAAUUGCAACAGUAAUGGCCAGUUUGGCACUUGUGAUCCCCUAACUGGAGACUGUGUAAGCCAAGAACCCAAAGAUGGCAGCCCUGCAGAAGAAUGUGAUGACUGUGACAGCUGUGUGAUGACUCUCUUAAAUGACUUGGUCUCCAUGGGUGAGGAACUCCGCCUGGUGAAGUCAAGACUGCAGGGGCUGAGUGUGAGCACUGGUGCUCUGGAACAGAUCCGGCAUGUGGAGAUGCAGGCCAAGGACCUGAGGAACCAGCUGCUUGGCUUCCGUUCCGCCAUCUCCAGUCACGGGUCCAAAAUGGACGGCCUGGAAAAAGAACUCAGUCAUUUGAACCAGGAAUUCGAAACUUUGCAAGAAAAGGCGCAGGUCAAUUCCAGAAAAGCACAAACAUUAUAUAACAACAUCGAUCAGACAAUCCAAAACGCCAAAGAGUUGGACAUGAAGAUUAAAAACAUCAUUCAGAAUGUGCACAUUCUCCUGAAGCAGAUCGCUCGGCCAGGUGGAGAAGGAAUGGACUUGCCGGUGGGCGACUGGUCCAGGGAGCUGGCGGAAGCUCAGCGCAUGUUGCGGGAGCUGCGAGGCCGAGACUUUAAAAAGCACCUCCAAGAAGCAGAGGCCCAGAAAAUGGAAGCCCAGCUCUUACUGAACCGAAUCAGGACCUGGCUGGAAUCCCACCAGGUGGAGAACAAUGGACUGCUAAAGAAUAUUCGGGAUUCAUUAAAUGAUUAUGAAGCCAAACUUCAGGACCUGCGUUCCGUGCUUCAGGAGGCGGCAGCCCAGGGAAAGCAGGCUACAGGCCUCAACCACGAAAAUGAGGGGGUCCUAGGAGCCAUCCAGAGACAAAUGAAGGAAAUGGAUUCCCUGAAGAAUGACCUCACCGAGCACCUGGCCACAGCAGACGCUUCCCUGCUGCAAACCAACAGUCUACUGCAGCGGAUGGACACGAGCCAGAAGGAGUAUGAAAGCUUAGCUGCUGCUUUAAACGGAGCAAGACAGGAACUGAAUGACCAAGUGCGGGAACUCUCCAGAUCCGGAGGCAAAGCACCCCUGGUGGCUGAGGCCGAGAAGCACGCUCAGUCUUUACAGGAGCUGGCAAAGCAGCUGGAAGAGAUAAAGAGAAACACCAGCGGGGAUGAGCUGGUGCGCUGUGCUGUGGACGCUGCCACUGCCUAUGAGAGCAUCCUCAACGCCAUCCGAGCAGCAGAGGAUGCAGCCGGCAAGGCCGCCAGUGCCUCAGAGUCCGCCUUCCAGACAGUGAUAAAGGAAGAUCUUCCGAGAAGAGCCAAAACCCUGAGUUCUGACAGCGAGGAACUGUUAAACGAGGCCAAGAUGACACGGAAAAGGCUACAGCAAGAAAUCAAUCCAGCUCUCAACAGCCUACAGCAAACCCUGAAGACUGUAUCAGUUCAGAAGGACCUGCUAGAUGCCAAUGUCACUGCUGUCCGUAAUGACCUUCGUGGGAUCCAGAGAGGUGAUAUUGACAGUGUGGUGAGUGGAGCGAAGAGCAUGGUCAGGAAAGCCAAUGGGAUAACGAGCGAGGUCCUGGACGGGCUCAGCCCCAUCCAGACGGAUUUGGGAAGGAUUAAGGACAGCUACGGGAGCACACGGCAUGAGGACUUCAACAAAGCUCUGAUUGACGCCAAUAACUCAGUAAAGAAAUUAACCAAGAAGUUGCCUGAUCUUUUUGUCAAGAUUGAAAGCAUCAAUCAACAGUUGCUGCCCCUGGGAAACAUCUCUGACAAUGUAGACCGAAUCCGAGAGCUCAUUCAGCAGGCCAGAGAUGCUGCGAACAAGGUUGCAAUUCCCAUGAGGUUCAAUGGUAAAUCUGGUGUUGAAGUCCGUCUGCCAAAUGACCUAGAAGACUUGAAGGGAUACACGUCUCUGUCUUUGUUCCUCCAAAGACCAGACUUAAGAGAGAAUGGAGGCACUGAGGACAUGUUUGUAAUGUACCUUGGAAACAAGGAUGCCUCCAAGGACUACAUCGGCAUGGCGGUUGUAGAUGGCCAGCUGACGUGUGUCUACAACCUGGGGGACCGAGAAGCUGAAGUUCAGAUCGAUCAGGUCCUGACGGAGAGUGAGUCUCAGGAGGCAGUUAUGGACCGGGUGAAGUUCCAGAGAAUAUAUCAAUUUGCCAAGCUUAAUUACACCAAAGAAGCCACGUCCAAUAAACCCAAAGCUCCCGCGGUCUACGACCUGGAGGGUGGCAGUAGCAACACGCUCCUUAAUUUGGAUCCCGAGGACGCUGUGUUUUAUGUCGGAGGUUACCCACCGGAUUUUGAACUUCCUAGCAGACUGCGGUUCCCUCCAUACAAAGGCUGUAUCGAACUAGAUGACCUCAAUGAAAACGUUCUAAGCUUGUACAAUUUCAAGACAACUUUCAAUCUCAACACCACGGAGGUGGAGCCUUGUAGGAGGAGAAAGGAAGAGUCAGACAAAAAUUACUUUGAAGGUACAGGCUAUGCUCGCAUCCCUACUCAACCAAAUGCUCCCUUCCCAAACUUCAUACAGACCAUCCAGACUACUGUGGACAGAGGUUUACUGUUCUUCGCAGAAAACCAGGAUAACUUCAUAUCUCUGAACAUAGAAGAUGGCAAUCUCAUGGUGAGAUACAAACUAAAUUCAGAGCCACCCAAAGAGAAGGGAAUUCGAGACACCAUCAACGAUGGGAAAGAUCAUUCGAUCUUAAUCACAAUUGGAAAACUACAAAAACGCAUGUGGAUAAAUGUGAACGAACGCAGUGUACGAAUCGAAGGGGAAAUAUUUGAUUUCAGCACAUAUUAUUUGGGUGGAAUUCCAAUUGCAAUCAGAGAAAGGUUUAACAUCUCAACGCCUGCUUUCCAAGGCUGCAUGAAGAAUCUGAAGAAAACCAGUGGGGUUGUCAGGUUGAAUGAUACUGUGGGUGUAACCAAGAAGUGCUCAGAAGACUGGAAGCUUGUGCGAACCGCCUCGUUCUCCAGAGGAGGGCAGAUGAGCUUUACAAACUUGGACGUGCCCUCGACUGACCGCUUCCAGCUCUCCUUUGGGUUUCAGACCUUUCAACCCAGUGGCACACUACUCAAUCAUCAGACGCGGACAAGCAGCCUGCUGGUCACCCUGGAAGAUGGGCACAUUGAGUUGAGCACUAGGGACAGCAACAUCCCAAUUUUCAAGUCUCCAGGGACCUACAUGGACGGUUUACUGCAUCAUGUAUCUGUAAUAAGUGACACCUCAGGUCUCCGCCUUCUCAUCGAUGACCAGGUCCUGAGAAGGAACCAGAGGCUUCCUAGCUUCUCUAACGCCCAGCAGUCGCUCCGCCUCGGAGGCGGUCAUUUCGAGGGUUGUAUCAGCAAUGUUUUAGUCCAAAGGUUUUCACAGAGUCCAGAAGUCCUGGAUCUGGCCAGUAAAUCUACCAAGAAGGAUGCAUCCCUAGGAGGCUGCAGUUUAAACAAGCCACCUUUUCUUAUGUUGUUUAAAAGUCCCAAGAGAUUUAACAAGGGCCGGAUUUUCAAUGUUAAUCAGCUGAUGCAAGAUGCACCUCAGGCCACAAGGAGCACAGAGGCUUGGCAAGAUGGGAGGUCCUGCCUACCACCUCUGAACACCAAGGCCUCUCACAGAGCCCUGCAGUUUGGAGACAGCCCCACCAGCCACUUGCUAUUCAAGCUUCCCCAGGAACUGCUGAAACCUAGGUCACAGUUUUCUUUAGACAUACAGACAACUUCCCCCAAAGGACUGGUGUUUUACACAGGCACCAAGGACUCCUUCCUGGCUCUUUAUGUCGCAGAUGGCCGUGUUGUCUUUGCUUUGGGGGCAGGAGGGAAGAAACUGAGACUCAGGAGCAAGGAGAGAUACCAUGACGGGAAGUGGCACACGGUGGUGUUCGGACUAAAUGGAGGAAAGGCACGCCUGGUUGUGGAUGGGCUAAGGGCCCAGGAAGGCAGUUUGCCUGGAAAUUCUACCAUCAGCCCCAGAGAACAGGUUUACCUGGGGUUGCCGCUAUCAAGAAAGCCAAAGAGCCUACCCCAGCACAGUUUUGUGGGGUGCCUGAGAGAUUUCCAGUUGAACUCGAAACCCCUGGAUUCUCCUUCUGCGAGGUUUGGGGUAUCUCCCUGCUUGGGUGGCUCUUUAGAGAAAGGCAUUUAUUUCUCCCAAGGAGGAGGCCAUGUGAUCCUAGCCAAUUCUGUGUCCUUGGGGCCAGAGCUUAAGCUCACUUUCAGCAUUCGCCCACGGAGUCUCACUGGGGUCUUAAUACACGUCGGAAGUCAAUCUGGACAGCGCUUAAGUGUGUACAUGGAGGCAGGAAAGGUCACAACCUCUGUGAGCAGUGAUGCAGGAGGAAGUGUGACAUCAAUUACACCGAAGCAGUCUCUGUGUGAUGGACAGUGGCACUCGGUGGCAGUCUCCAUUAAACAGCGCAUCCUGCAUCUAGAACUGGAUACAGACAGUAGCUACACAGUCGCACCACUUUCCUUCUCACCAAACAGCACCCGAGGGUCACUGCACGUCGGAGGUGUCCCAGACAAAUUGAAAAUGCUUACACUCCCUGUGUGGAACUCAUUUUUUGGCUGUCUGAAGAAUAUUCAAGUCAACCAUGUCCCUGUCCCCAUCACAGAAGCCACAGAAGUCCAAGGUUCUGUCAGCCUGAAUGGCUGCCCUGACCACUAACCCUACACAGCAAGAUUCACCUUUGGAAGUACCACCAGCCAAGUGUACCCCUCCCCCAUCAAAGCCAUCAAGCCGGCACAGCACACACUGACAGAGCAAUGUCAUUUUGAGUUCCAACCACACAGACCCAUCACUCUGUCUUUCAGUGACACAUAUGCAUUUUCUAUCAAACCCCAAUUCAUGAAGAAAAUGAGCAAAUUGUCAUUCAAACAUUCGCACAAGGCUUUUGUUAAUAUUAUUUUUCCACUAAGAAUUAAAUGCCUUUUAGAGAACCUUUUUCCCCAACUGCUAAAAAGAACAUCUUGUUUAGAGCACUUUAUGAAUACAAAACUUUAAAACAUUUUAAAUUGCUACAGUUCACUGGAAUUGAAUAAAUGCGAUGCACUCUUCAAAUUAUGAUGUUUUACCAGCAAGGAAAGCCAAGGGCUGACGAUCACUGAUAAUUAGAUUAAUUCUUCAGCACUUGCUCAAGGUGGUAUCUGCUACAUGAUUUCCUACAAAUAGUUAGCGAGUGUGUGCUGAGAGGUUAUUUGCAUGCUCCGCGUGUAAACUACAGUAAAGUUGAAUAAGUAAGUUCUGCCCUUGGGGGUGUGCACUUCGAUUGGAGACACAUCUAGUCCUCAUAAAUCAGGAACUAACAAGUUGAAGUACUGACCUCAGUAAUACUAGCGAGGCUCACCAGCUUCUCAAUCCUAGCCUUCCCCAGUCUUCUACAAACCAGGUCCCAGUUAUCAUCAGUUCCCUGAGAACCCAGGCCAUCUAAGUAGAGGGGCUAAGACGUAAGUGUACGCUAUAACUAAAGCUUUAUGUAUCUUUCUGCGCACACACGGAGGCCAGAGUUCAGCAUCGGUGUCUCCCUCAACCUUGUUCCACCUAAUUUCUGAGACAAGGUCUUUCACUGAACCCAGAGCUCAAAAUCUUGACUGGGCUUUGGUGCCUAGAAGGUCUCUCCAGGGUCCUCCCACCUCUAUCCCACAGUACUGGGGUUACAGAUAUGUGCCUCGAUUUCAGACAGAUGCUGGGGAUCUGAGCUUGGGUCUCCACGCUUAUACAGGAAACAACCUACCCAUUAAGCCAUCUAGACAGCUUGAUGACGGAAGCUUUUAUGGCAAGCCAACAGGAGCCAGCCAGGAGAAAUCACUUUUAGAUUUAUCUACGAAAUAAUGCACGAUACAACAGACCAACAUUAUUAUCCAGAGCCAAUAUUUUCCAUAACAAAAUAGAAAUAUUGGAUAUAACAAAAUUUGGCACAGUAAGGAAAACUGCGUAUAAUCUAUAUGUUCUUCUUGUAGCUGCUGCUGAAUUUGAGUCGCAGCCCUGUCCUUGCGUGCUCUUCGCACCACAGUCCUCCCGAUAUUUCCCCCCAGCUCCAGCUGCACACCACUGGAGUGUUCUCCUGCAGAGGCAGCUAAUUCCCGCUACAGCAGAUGGUUAGCGGAAGCAGACUGGUCGGUGAUCUUUAGGGACACUAACUAUGCCAGCUCUCAGGCUGAACUGCCUGGCUGUAAGUCAGCUGCUUCAGAAUACAUUGAUUUUCAGAUGAAAAAAAUAAUUCUCAUUGGUCGUCUUGACGUCUGCUGGAAGCUCCUCUGUGCUGCCUAUCAGCGGCAGGUCUUCACACCAUCUCCCUCCUCAGUUCUCCAUGUUACCCAGGACUCAUUAGUGCUGGAUGCUUAUAAGCAAUUUGUACACUCAUGGUGGGACAGCUACUUCUUUUUAAUUUAUAUUUUACUUUUAUGCACAUUGAUGUUUUUCUUGUAUGUAUGUCUGUGCACCAUGUGUACACAGUGCCUGCUGAGGCCAGAACAGGGUGUCAGGUCUCCUGGACGUUACAGAUACCUGUGAGCUUCUAUGUGGGCACUGGGAAUCGAACCCAAGCCAUCUGGAACAGCAACAAGUGUUCUUAAUCACAGAACCAGCUCUCCAGCCCUGACAGUUCUUUAUUGACUAAUUGCUGUGAUUUUUCUCUCCCUUCUGUAAUAACGACAAAGAGAACAGCCACCCAUCUGGGUUUGCUGAAUAAAUCCCAGCCACCAAUGUCCAGCAGAAUCCAGGUGGAUUCAGCCAGGGGAUGUCACUGUGGCUGCUGUCCAGUUAGAGGUAUGUGUUCCCUGUGAAGGAAGUUUCUGCCCCUGCAGUGGAGCUCUUGUGGGAACUGUCAACAACCAAGCACAGCACAAACACAACCACAAAUGGGGAGUGCCUUGGCGAGCUCAGCAGGGACAUCGGGCCAAUCUCUGACCUUGUCAGCAUGAGGACACUACUGGUUCCUGCUGUGGUCUGGAUAUUGAGUCCAUCGAAGGUGCAGAAGUUCUGUCAGGGACUAGAGGUGCUGUGAACUUUUAUUAGGAAGUGGAAUUUCGAGGUCCUUAGGUCAUUGGGAGACACUGCCUAGAAAGUAUUCUGGGACAGCACUGUCCUUUCUGUGCUUCCGGCUUCGAUCUGUGGCUGCCUGCUCCACCUGACACCGCCUCCCACUACAGAGGGCUACCGCUGACAUUACCAAACUGCUGCAGACAGCAUGCCCUCCAACUCUGAGGGGAAUCCUCCUCUCUAAGAAGUCUGUUACCUCAUUUACCUGUGGUAAUUCACACCUAAUGAAUACAGUUCCCUGUGAGGUUUGGAAAGAGCUCAUCUUAGGAAGCAAAACCAUCAGAUGCUUAAAGAGCUACCACAUGCCAUUAUGAGUCUGCUCCUGUCAGCAAUCCUCAAGGCACCUGUUGACCUCACUCCUCCACAUACAAGGCUCUCUGUAGUUUGAUCUCAGAGACAAACAGCACAUGGAGGGACAGGACUUUCCCUUCUAGGCAGAAGUGGUCUCAGCCACAGAGAGCACUGGCUCAGCUCCUUCAGCCACUCUUCCCCUAGGGGAGAACACAAAACCCAACCCCUGCCCCAUCAACCAGACUUCUUCCAGUUCCCAAGUUCUCUGUCCUUGUUUGCUUUCUGUUGCUGUGAUAUGACUGACCAAAACCAACCUGGGGAAGGAAAGGACUUGGCUCAUGUUUCCAUGCCACAGUCCACCGUUGAGGGUGCUCUGGACAGGGAUGGAGGCAGAGGAAUGUUGCCGGGUGGCCUGCUCCCUCUGGGUGGCUCAGCUAGCCUUCUUAUCCAAACCUGGCCCACCUGCUUAGGGGAUAGCACAACCCACAGUGGACUGGGCUUUCCUCUGGGUGGCUCAGCUAGCCUUCUUAUCCAAACCUGGCCCACCUGCUUAGGGCAUAGCACUACCCACAGUGGACUGGGCUUUCCUCUGGGUGGCUCAGCUAGCCUUCUUAUCCAAACCUGGCCCACCUGCUUAGGGGAUAGCACUACCCACAGUGGACUGGGCUUUCCUCUGGGUGGCUCAGCUAGCCUUCUUAUCCAAACCUGGCCCACCUGCUUAGGGGAUAGCACAACCCACAGUGGACUGGGCUUUCCUCUGGGUGGCUCAGCUAGCCUUCUUAUCCAAACCUGGCCCACCUGCUUAGGGCAUAGCACUACCCACAGUGGACUGGGCUUUCCUACAUCAAUUAGGAAAAUGUCCCAGAGAUAUAGCCACUGGCCAGUCUGAUCUAGGUAAUUCCCAAGCCACCCUGGAGUGUAUUAAUUGACAUCUGAGUUCAGGUAUGGUAGAGUCGCCCUGAAAACAUUUAGGUAUUUUCUAGGAGUGAUGACUGUGACCCAGCACAUGAGUGAAACAACUUUUAAAACUAUAUUCUUCCACUGAAUGUAAGUGGUAUAUGUAUUCAUUAAGGAGAACUCAGAACUAUGUAUAAAUGCAUUAAAAAUCAUCCCAAGGGGCCAGAGAGAUGGCUUAGAGGACGAGAGUACACACUGCUCUUGGAGAAGAUCCAGGUUUGGCUCACAACUGCCUGUAAUUCCUCCGUUCCAAGGUAUCCAAAAUUCUUUGCUGGUCUCUGUGAGCACUGCACUUCCAUGCACAAACUUCUGUUUACUUUUUCUUCCCUCCCCCCUCUCAAAAAUAUAAUCUUUAAUAAUUGCCUACAAUCCCACUAACUUAGAAGUCUGCUUACAUUGUCAUGUGUCCGUUAAUCUUUUUAAAUGAGCAUGUAUUUCCUUACGAGUGUCCAAUACACUUCCCCUGUGACUUUAGAAGUAGGCUGUUUCCAGGUCUUUGCAAAGCACUUCAUUCCACAUGCUAAAACUUCUAUAAUGUAACCAUCAUGUAAUGUAAUUGUUACUUAAUUGCGAAUUUCACUAUUCUUGAAGUUGUAAGCAGCAGUAAAUGAAGACGUCUUGUGAUAUUAAUUUAUUCUCAUGAUAGUUUCUUAGACAUGAAUCCAGUAGUCAAAGGACACAAAUGUUUUAAUGGUUUUAGUUAGUUAUUGCCAAACUGACUCCCAAAAGAAAGAUCUCUUCAGUAAGAUACAUUUUUAAAUGGUCUUAGCUCUUGAGCUCCCCUCCCAAGGUCUUAUGGGCCAUCACACUGAGAGCAGCCCUCUGAGCAAUGCAGCCCUGGUAGUCCAGCAUGACCCCGAUCACCUUCUCAGAACACACGGCUGGUUGAUGGGAUGCUUGACUCUGAGGGACAAUUCUACAGAUGCCAUAAGAAAAUGCAGUGCUACUGCAGUCCCUAGAACUGGCUCAGAGUCACGGAUUGAGCAAGCCAGGAGUACAGAACAGGUCCUGUUCUGAGGUCUCUGUGCCACUGCCAAGAUCAGACCAUUUUUUUAAAAUGGAGCCAGACACCCACAAGAGGAUUUGGAUGCUGUACUGUUGUUCUCUCUCUCAGCAGCCCUGGACUUCACUAGAUCCAGCUGCCUUCUCCCCUGGUGCGGAAGUUUGCAUUCACUGUGACUAAAAUUCUCACUGCAGGUCUUUCAGGCAAAAUUCCAGAUUUUAAUAUUUUUUUCUCCUCUGUGUGUGUGUGUGUGUGUGUGUGUGUGUGUGUGUGUGUGUGUGUGUGCUGCAUGAGCACACCAUUGCACACACAUGAAGGUCAGAGACAAGCAGCAGGAGUUGGUUCACUGUGUGGUUCCCAGGUAUUGAACUUGGGUCAUCAUGCUUGACAGCAGUGUUUCUAACCUGCUGAUCCUUCUUGCCAGCCCAAAUUCCAAAAUUUUUAACUGUUAAAAGCCCAAGAAUCCACCCCCCUCUUCAACUGCCUUGGUUCCCAACAGAGAAAUCCAAAGCAGAAUUUGGAUACUACAGAUAUUUAUGGGGUAGUGUGAGGAUUGGUACAUAUGUGUAGUGUGCAAGGCUCAGCCCAGGGUAACUCAUGUUGCCACACUUAGUAUUUCCAAGAAAUGGGUCUUCCAAGCUCCAUCUAGGUCAUUACAACAUAUGCAGUAGGUGGCUGGAAAAUAGUGUCAUGUGAUAUACUGCAGUGUCACAUGAUGUACUGCAGAACAUAAGGACCUACCCCCAACCAUCCCCCUUCUCCCCUCUUCUCUCUCUUCUCCCUCACUCCCAGCUCCUAGCAUAGUGAGCACCAUUUCACUAACACAUGAAAUAAACUCUUUAGCUUCUAUGUAAGACUAAGAUAAAGAAGAGUGUGUGUGUGUGUGUGUGUGUGUGUGUGUUAUUUUCCUAAUGUCCUCCACAAAUGGCAGGAUUUCAUUCCCUUUUUACAGCUGAAUACUAUUCCAUUUUGUAGCUCUGACAUAUUUCCUUUACUUGUUCAUCUAUCACUGGACCCUAACUGAUGCCUUGGCGCUUGUAGAUGGGGCAGCAGAGCACAGUGGAUGCUCUCCCUGGCAUUUUCUAUACCCUGCCCCUCUCCCCUUUGGUUAUCAAGCCUAGUAAUGGGUGUGCUAGAUCAUAUGGCCAUACCGUUUUCCAUAGAUGCUGCACUAAUUUACACUGAGUGGCAACGUUCAUGAGCGCCCUUUUCUUUCCACCCUUUCCAGCCUUCAUUUAUAAAUUGACUGCAGUCGUUCAAGUUCAGUGAUCAUCAUUUACCUGAUGUGGGCAGAUACCGAGCCAUGGCUGAGUCCUCUGCGGCUGUUCCUCUGUCUUGCCAGUUGUCUUUUCACUCUGAUGUUUUUCUCUUCCAGAAGUUGCUUAGGUUGUUAAAGUCCUGUUUGUGGGACGAUGUCACAGGUGAGGCAGGUACAAGAUAGAAGGAGGCCUGUCAUUGGAUGAGAAGGAAGGAUGGGUGGGAGAAAAGUUUGGAGGAAGAGGAGGAGACUGGAACAGAAAUGAAGAAGAGACAGGAGGGACAGGGAGAGAAGCCAUGGCAGGACAAUAUGGCAGGUGACGUUAAAAUUCUGCUCUGUGUAUUUACAGGUUGUUAUUAAUGUUCUUAAGGGAUGGAUGGUACUGGGCUUUGUAUGUUUAGGUGGGCAAUUAUAUCUUAUCAAUUGGGCCAAAAGUUAUUGUGUUGUAUGUUCUUUCAUGUAGCGAUUUACGUGUAAGAAAGUGUGCGGCGGCUGGUCUGGGCUGCCACAGAGUUGGGAUGUGUGUUUCUGGCAUGGAGACCUGCCUUGGGAACUAGAUAGGUAGAGAGAUUGCUGACGGCUCAGAGAGAGGCCUUCAGCAGUGUGAUAGGGGAUGGAGCAGAGCGGGUGAGACGCUUUGCUGACUGAGAUUAAGAUAUCCAGCAGACAUCUUGGAGCACUGUGGUGUAGACCUAGUGGGGAUGAAAGACUGCUAUAUUUUUUAUAUUUUUACAACAACACCUGCUUGUCUAUUUUUGGUUUUGUUACCUUGCUUUGAGAUUAUUUCCUUAUACUGAUAUAUUGAAGUGUGGUCUGGGUUUUCUUCUAGAAGUUUUAUGUCCUUUGUUCAUUUUGAGUUAAUACUUGUAUGCAGACUUCUAAUCAACCUUCUGUACAUCCCAGCACCAAUUGAUGAAGAGACUAUGGCUCGUGUGUACAUCUGAAGCAUCUUUGUCAAACACCUGGCUAUGGUGCGUGGACUGCCCUGUGUGCUGGUUUUUAUACCAGUGCCAUAGAGUUUGGUUAGAUAGCUCUGUAGAGUGUUUCACAUUAUUAAAUGCCUGCUGCUUCGCGCCUUGUG